CACUCCGACCGUCUCUUUAAUAUGGUCAUACAUGUAAACACAUUCAGCGGGGAAUACCGCAAAAACUGGAGAAACGCUUACAUUUUACUAAAACUGUAAAACAAUACACGUGGCCAGUAGAUUUACUUCGAUACCUUCCGGUUAAUAAAUAAAAAUGAACUUUUUAUAUAUUUCUUUGCUAACUCCUUUAACUAUUUUUAGCGGACGUGAAAUUUUGAGAACUUCGGUAUAAAAUAGUACAGAGGGCUAGACUGAAGGCUAAACAUUCUCGACUGAACAAAACUACAUUUUUCAUAGAAUGUGUAACCAUAUCAAAUCGUCUACAGAUCCUGUUAUGGCUAAAAGCACUAUAAUACUGAUACUUUUUAUGCUGUCAUUAUCUUCAGCGAUGGUUAUAAGAUGCAAUCAGCCAUUAUCUCUUUCGUACACAAAAAGCGAAAAAGACAUUCAAAAAGAAAGUAGAUAUAUAGUACCGAGGAACAAUGGAAUACGGUACGGGGUCGGAACUCUUUAUACGAUUGACGCAAACUUCAUAAACAUACAGUACAGUGCCUACUCCGACCGAACAACCUGCGAAGAAGUCAAAUUUCCUCCAAGGGGACGCUUUCAUUUAAGUGUAGCAGAGUCUGCUUCUUGUCCAUGGUAUUAUCGCAAAAAUGUCGAUGAGAAUCGGGUACCACGAGAAUUCAUCGAAGCCAAAUGUGCGUGCAGGUGCAGUGUGCACGAUAGCGUCUGUGCACGUAAGACGUGCCGGGAGGUGUAUCGAUAUGUGACGGUUCUAAGGAGGACCAGCUGUACUGAGGUUGUAGAGGUCAUCGAACCUAUAGCUGUCGGUUGUACGGAAGUACACCUUCAACAAAGAAUCAAUCCUCAUGCUCUGGACGAAUAAGUUGAUCACACAGUGCAAUACUUUUAUUAGGAUUCAAAUCUUCACCAGUGUGAAAUGGAUUCAAGGUGCAAUAUUGUAAGUUCAAAUUUUAUAAUAUUUUAUGAACCUUAAUUUGUUAAAAUCAUCCUCAACAUGACAUUUUGUACUAUGUCAAAAAAUGUUUGAAUAUUUUUUGUAUUUAUUUUGCUCUAGUCAAUUAGUAUUUGACCAUAAUUAUGUUUUAUUUGUAUAGAUAUUAAUGUCCUGUUUUAUAUUUG